AUGGCCCAGCUGGCCUGGGCUGUUGCCUUGGUUGCACUCAGCAUCAGCUGGACAGGUGCAGGCGCCGACUGCCCACAGCUCGUGCCUCGCUUUCCCUCGGCCAACUGCCCAAGUUUCAGUGAGGGGGCACUUUGCCCUUUGUUUUGUAGCAGAACCAACCCUCACAGCACUCGUAAUGGCACCGCCCUUUGCCACGAGGGCAAGUGGUAUUCGUCCCUUGACUGUGGCAUCUGUGAUUUUUGCCCCGACUACUGUCCAGACCCCGGAGUUGUUGAACUCAGCGAAAAGCACCGCAACCUCAUUCCCCUCGGUAACCCUUGCCGGGAUCUCAAUUCUCUCCCCGAGGGCUUGCCGCUCCACGUUCAAGACAUUACGAUCAACAACCUCAACCUCCGCCUCGAGCAAGGCAUCGCCAUGAACCUGACUGAGCUCACGCAAUUUUCCCUCUCCUCCUUCACCACCUCCGGCCGGGCUUACACCCUGGCCGAUGACUUUUUUGCCGGCGACGACAAGCUCAUCGAUAUCGCAAUCAACAGCGUCCUCUUGGGUCGUCUGCCCUAUUUUGACGUUCCCAGUCUUGAGGUCAUGCAGCUGGCCGAACUUACUCUGGUCAACCUCAAUGGCUUUGGCACCUUCAACGUCACCCUGGCCAACUCCCGGUGGCCCAAGCUGAAAACCCUUACCAUCUCUGACCUCGGCUUUCAAGGCAGAAUUAUCGGCCACAUGGAGCAGGCUUGGCCCCAACUCGAGGUCAUGCAAGUCAGCGCGUUGGCUUUGUCGGAGAUGCAGGCCUUCAACUGGUCCCGCCUCCCCAACCUAAAAGAGCUGAGCAUGUACUUCCUCAACGGCCCUUUUUUGCUCGAUUCGGAGUUCUUGCCUCAAUCUGCCGAUCUACUGAGCUUAAAUCUGGCCUUUUACAACACCUCUUCCAUGUGGUUUGUGUCCAUGCGAGCCCUCUAUCCCAUCUUGGAUUUUCACAGCCUUGGCUUUCGCGGCAAAGAAGCCACCAUGGGCGCCAUUGUCCUCAGCGACCGUGUCAACUGCAUCUCAAAUGCCCACGGCUACAGCUACGACAUUGUUUGCAACUGCUCCGGAAAUGAGUGGUUGGAUGCAAAUAACGAAUCCAUUUCCGACUACAAGCUUGCCUCACACUGCCCACAGGCCAAUGCCAUGGCUUGCGAGCCAGAGUGGGACGACAUCAUUCCCUGCAUGAGCCCGGAGGAGCGUGCCGCGUGGGGAGGCGAGUUCAUCUUUCCAACCCAAGUCUGUGAUGGCGUCCCCGAUUGCACCAACGGCCGCGACGAAGGUGGUUGCCAAGCUUUGACUGAUAUUUAUUCGGAUAUUCCGCCCAACUUGGGUAACACCUACAUCCCAUGCACUCGCAAUCUUACCGUCACCUUUUCAAAGGGCACGGCCUACGCUUCCUCACCCCUCCCCGACUGCUACACCGGCCGUGGCAUCGUGUUGGACUGGCGGCGUUUUGAGUUUAGCCUGGGCUACCUGUCAUAUCGCGGAUACUACGUCCCCAGCAUUCAAGCCUUUCAAGGCCAAGGCAUUUUGCGCCGCAAUGGUCGAGGUGAUGUGGUCAACGGCAUGAGCUUUCAGCACGUGCUGGGUGUCGUCGAGGGUGGCCUUCUCGACGCGCGUAGCCUCACCCGCCCUCAAACCUCUCCCGACAUCUGGCAAACACCCACGUUUGACUAUUAUUUUGACACCUCUGUGUGUAAUUUAUCCAGCACCCUUGCUCGGGACGUGGCCUCUACCACCACGGGCCUGCCUGAGCUAACAGAGCGUCCGCCAGCUGUCUUGAGCAGCCGCAAGUCCGACCCUACUGUUCUGGCCGCCGCGGUGGCCGGAGGUGCCGGGUGCCUGGCCCUGGUUGCUUUUGUGAUAGUUUUGAUGCGUCGGCGAUCUGGCCAACGCCAUGCCGUCUUAGCCCUGCAUUCGUCGUAUCGAACCGCCAUGGACCGGGCCAUUGCCAUAUUUUGCGAGGCUCAUCCUGCGCUCAACUUUGUGGCUUUGCAUGAACUCUCGUGGCAUCAGAUGGAGGUGAUUGAGGUCGUCGGCUCCGGUAAUUUUGGCCGAGUGCUCAAGGCCAAGCUUUUUGAGGACGAGAGCCGCAAGCUGACCUCUUUGGUGGCCGUCAAGGAACCUGUGGACUUGAUGCUCAACGAGGUGGACGCACUCUCGGACUUUUUAAAAGAGGCCAUGGUAUUGCAGGCGAUUGCUAGCCAUCCCAACGUUGUUGGACUCCACGGCGUGUGCCUGCCCAACUCGACUGUGAACCGACACUGCGCUUUGGUCUGCGAGUAUUGCGAGUUUGGGGAGCUCAAGGCUCUAUUGGUGCAGCAGCACAGUGCACUUCAGUCCGUAGCGGUUCAACGCCGGGUGGCACUCCAGAUGUGCUCUGCCAUGGCAUUUUUGGCGUCCAAAGGCAUCAUACAUCGCGACUUGGCUGCCCGUAACGUGCUUGUUGCACGCCUGCAGCCUAUUUCGAUUCGUCUCGCCGACUUUGGCUUGUCUCGUUUGGUAUCCAAGGACGAUUACUAUCGCAGUCGCGGCAAGGACGGUCUGCCCUUCAGAUGGAUGGCCCCAGAGGCAAUUCGAGAGCUCCGGUUUUCCCAGGCAUCUGAUGUGUGGUCAUUGGGCGUGGUGGUGUGGGAAGUGCUGCAUCAUGGACAAACGCCCUAUGGUAGCUUGGAUGGACAUCACAUUGUUCAGCUGCUGCUCCAAGGGAGCACGCUGAGUAUGGAGCCUGGCGUGGAUCCCUUGUUGUCCGAGUUUUGCUUCUGGUGCUGGCAGCGCGCGGCCAGCGCGCGGCCUUCCUUUGCUGACCUCAAAGACCAGCUCGAGGCAGGCUACAUCCCACCGGCGCCCCGACCACUUGCCAGCAAGCCGACCCUGACUCUGGCGAGUGAAACGGUGCUUCCCUUGGGGCACACUGUUAACCCCCAGCGCCAUGACAGCCUCUCCUCGUCGUCGUCGGUGAACACUGCUUUGACUGCCCUGCCUUCUUCUGGAAACUUUCGCCCUCAGGUGCUUACAGCUGUCUCGACUGUGACGACCAGCGUCAUGAUGCAGACCCUGCGUGACCGCUUGUCACGAACCCGCCGCUCAGACCAGCGCAAGUCGGUGGGUUCCGUCAGCAUCACAAGCUUUUCGGCGUCGGAGCUCCAGCUCUUUGAAGCCUUGCAAGUGGAUCUAGCCGAUUGGAUCAACCAGACGGGCGUCAUCUUGAUUCGCUUGGCCCGCAUAGUGGACACGGAGCAGACCAGAUUCUGCCAGGAACAGGGUCGACCCUGGAAAGCCUCACGACUGAAAUGCAACUCCAAGGCAACCAAGGACAGCUUUUUUGCCCGAGAUAACGUCCUCGGCUUUUUGGCGUAUGCCAGCAAGUUUAUGGACAAGCAGCAGCUCUUCGACUGUGAAGAUCUUCUGGGACGGCAGAACAAGGAAGCCGUCUUCAACUGCAUCCACAUGUUGUUGCGCAACCAGCAGGGCAUGUUGCCGACCCGACUCCUGGAGGUGGAGGCAGCCGCCAAUGGUUUGAGUGACACGCCCCUGACGGAGCUUGUGGCCGAUGAAACCAUCAUGCUCGCCGCGCUGCGCAGCGCCCUGGCCAACGCCCAGGGAGAUCCUCAAGCCCUCCGCAUCGAGCGCCCAGGAUACUACGUGCUGCGGGACGGGGACAAAGCGGUCUGCUGCCACUUGGUGGAUGGCGUCGUCCUAGUCAAAACUGACAAACACCAAUGGAAAUCAGUUCUGCAGUAUCUUGAAACUCCAGCUCAACACCGUCCCCACUUGAUGUCACAAAAGCGAACCUCGCUGCCGGCCAACCCAUCGCCCCCAACCACGCCUGGUCGAGCGCCUCGCAAGUCCACCCAUACUGUGGCAAAUUUCAUUCAUGCUUUCAAUGACCUGGCCAAACAAUCCUCGCAAGAUCAGUUGCUGUCACGUGCUGGAUCCCGCGAGCACCUCAACCCUUCCCCCCGCAUCGUGGGACCUCCCGUGCCACCCAAGCCUCAAUCACCAGCCCCUCCUUCCACGUGCGCGCCCGUGCCUCCACCGCGUGUGCGCAGUGACAGCAAGCCACGUCCACGCCCCCAGAGCAGCGAUGAGGAGGAGGAAGGAGACGAGGAUGACAUUCUUGACUUUGACCCCCUGGCUGAGUUUGAUGGCCCACACGACGACUCUGAUGUUGAGUAUGGCCACUCGUCAGAUCAUGAACGAGCAUCGCCGGUCAUCCUCGCGCCCGUGGCCCAACAAGUGCCGAUUGAAAUGCCGACCAUUGAUCCGGCGGGUGCCUUGGCUGCAGCACGCCACGUUCCCAAUCUUCGACCCGAGGAAAUCGAGGCCCUGCAUGACGUCGACACGGUACCACUCCCAGGCUCGCGCACAGGCUCGCAGCGCCUCGCAAGCAAGUCGCAACCAGCACAAGAAGAAGAGGAGGUGGCGGUAAAACCCGUGACCGCAUCCGGCCCGACAGAACAACACCUUGAGGUCAUGCUCCAUCACGCUGAGCCACCCAAGCCGACAGAAGGGGAAGCACCGAACUUUGCUUCCCCUGCGUGGAGCCGGCGGACAUCAGACUGUGGCCUGUCCGAUGGCGCCGAUAGCGUGCCCGAGUCUCGCCGCAAGCUGUCGACUGGCUCCAUCGCCGAGCUGGGCAAGUCCUUGCCCGUACCCAAGAAGCUGCGGCAGGAAGCCAUUCUUGAGGAGCAACACUCGGCAGCAACGACCACUCCACCAAUCAAGGCCCGCAUCCGCGCCCCAGCACCCGUGCCUCAGACUACUCCCACACCGAACCCUGCUGUGGCGCCUCACCCAGUCGAAAAUAACCUUGCCUCUACUGCCGCCGCUUUGGCUCCCUUGGAGUCUGACCCCAGCAAAGCCAUCCAAGACUAUUAUGGCCCAGACGCCACGCUUGAGGCGCCUAGCAAGCCGGCCAAGCCCCUCAAGCCGCGCCUUGUGGGCCGCAACAGUCCGGCCUCUCCGCGCCUGACGACCGCGCCCGUGGAGCGAACCGAACCCGUGAGCAUGAUGCAUUCCACCGAGUCUUCCAUGCCAGUUAUCAACAGACCCACACCUUGUCCACAGCCUGAACUCCAAACAGCGGCGCCCGCCGUCCACACCGAGGCUCUCCCUUCGAACGAGGCCCCAUGCACCCGCACAGCACCGACACAGCUAAAAUCCUCACAGGAAGUAAAUGGCGCUGCCGAGUCCGUGGCCCCUACCCAGGCCCUUGAGGUGCCCAACGAGGUUGCACCCACGGCCGAGGAGUUGGUUACACAACUGACCCAAGAACGUGCUGCUCACGCUGACCAGCUGCGGGCUCUUCAGGAUCAGCUCGCCCAGCUUCAAAACACACGAGCAAGGGAGGCCGAAGAGGCUCGGGCACAGCGAGAGGCACAGCAGCGUCGCGAAGAUGAGCUGGUCGACGUCAAAGAACGUAAUCGUGCCACCAUCGAUUCCCUGGAGCAUGAGCGGCAACGCCUGCUGACCCAGCUGCGCACGACCGAACAGAGCCUGGAACAACUGCAGGGCGAGCGUUCGAUCGAGUUUAAGACGCUUUCAAAGAACCACGAAGAAACCAUGGCCACUGCGUUGGUUCGCGAGCAACAGCUCAAGGCCCAGCUUGCUGAGGCGCUGGCAAGUGUCGCGGCAGCCCAGGCUCAUGCUGAGCAGUGCGAGAUGGCUCUGGCCCUGGCAGAGCAACGCGUGAGCCAGGGCAUGGCAGCACCAUCGGACGGAACCACACGCCUCAUGGUCCCAGGUUUUGGCCUGGUCCAGGUGGCUCUGCAAGUUGUGGCCCCUCUGGCCCCGGCAGCUACAUCUUCCACCCAAGGAGUUGUGACGCCGGUGGGCUCUCGAGGGGAAGACGACGAUAAUGGUGAAGUCGAUUGUUGA